AUGCCUCCCCGGAGCCCCUUUUUGACCCAGCUCGACGGCUCGUCGUGGAGUUUCGGUAACAAUGUCUGGAAUCUCACCCCAGAGUCGACCUACGGCGUCAAGUUGAUGUAUAAUGGAAGAGACUGUAUUGGAGACGCACAGCUGCUGGCCAUUACGGGCCGAACAGAUAUCAAGGAUGAAGAGCUGCCGCUACUGAGUGACUAUCUACCGCAGAACAAGGUGCAAGGCGAGAGACCUGGCUGGGGCCGGAUGGCAGCGGUUACAUUACCCAGUAUGACUUUACGGCAUGCUCACGGAACCAGGACUUCUUUGGUGCGUCGAGAAUCCACCACUGGCGAUGUUGUCCAGCUCAACAUGAUCCAUGGGACGCCUUUCAUGGCCUCGUCAAAGGAUCUCCCCCCGGAGGGAAAGAUAUGGGGGCCUUGGCUUGGGUAUCUUAUCGACGGCGACAAGGAAGACGUGACCCAACGCGCCGCAGAAGAAUCUCAAUCAUGGCCAUACAAAUGGCUCGCAGACGAAGGCUAUCACAGCCGCGCGACGGCCGACCUGCCUCCACCGCGGCAGUGUUCCUGGGCGAUCCAGAUCCCACCAAGACUACCCUGGACAUGGGCACCGACUAUUAAUACACGAUCUAUGCCGACAAAAGCGGAAAAUUCGAACUCCCCAACGAGCGUGCCGGAACAUAUGGUCGACAAGCCUGGUCCAACGGAAGUCAAAGUGACCAUCAAGAAAUCGAAACGUACCAAUCUCGGCCAUCUCCCCGGGAAGAUAUCUCCCAAGGAAAAGCUCUUCCAGAUCGGGGACUUUGACCGGUACAGGUAUGGUUUCUUGCACGGAGGCGCUCCGUAUCAGCAUGGCUUGGUCGCUGCCUGCCCGGCGGAUUUGACCUACACGUUGGCAGGUCUCAAACGAACCGAUAGAGGGAACUGGACUGUGCGAUUCAGCACCCCUGGUAUACGAGAGUCGGCGGCCCCCGAGCUGAUCGUCUCCGUGGCGGGGUAUGCUUCCGAAGCAAGCUCGAAUAUCUUGGCCAACGGAGUGCAGGUGGGUAAUAUGACCCGCGGGUCCGCGUUACUUCCCAGUGAUCCCAUCUCUGUAUCGCUCCGCGACGGCUGCUAG